CACAGCGAAAGGAUGAAGUCUUUGGCAUUGGUGUCGUUACUAUUGGUGUUGGUGCAGUGGUCAGAUGGUGCCCCUGUGGAAAAAGAUGAAAGUUCGUCUUUGAUGUACAGGUGUGCCUGCGGAGGUUCUGGCAGUGACACUAGCUUGCCAGAGUUGGUACCGUAUUCAAAAUAUCCACAGGAUUACGACUACUCAGAUGGUCAAAGGUACAUAGACUUAACAAAGGCUAGUCGAAAGAUGUAUCCUGCUCCGCCAAUCGAUCCAUAUCCGCCUCCACCUCGAUUUCCGCCUCGUUAUCCCAGUCCGGGUGGUGAUGAUGGAAAUAUCCGUGGAAAGAAACCAAGCCCUCCCCCUGGUCGUCGUUGCCCUUGCGUUCCCUAUUGAUCCACACAUCACGGAAUGGAAGCCUCUAAAAAUGACUGAUGACGAUUUUACCGGAAAACUGAUGCGAAUAAAUAUAUGUGUGUGUGCACAAAAUUGAACAGAUUGUUAUGUAACUAUAUAUGAUUAUAGCAUUUUA